ACCCGUGUUUCACUGUGCAUGUUGACGAUACGCUAUUCCUUAAAAUGGUAAUGCUCUCUGAUUUGCAAAGGAAAGGCGGGUUUCUCAAAUAUUUUGCAUUGCUCGUCUUCAUACUCUUAGGACUACUCGCCUUCAACCAUGUUCAACAAGGUAAACUAAAUCUAAACGACUUAACUGCAAAGCUUUAUAAAAAAGUCGACCAACGAAUCGAUCUACGAAGCAAUCAAGUGACUUCAUCACCAAAGAAGAUGACUGAUCUGCAAAAAAUUGAAGCUAUUCGCCAGAGCUGUGGAACUUUAUGUGAUACUUCCAGACCAGGCACCCCUGGGCCAUAUUUUGAUCAUGUAACGGCUCCAAUAAAUUGCAAGGCUAUAUACAAAAAUCCAUACAUUGACGAAGGUCAUAAGACAAUACCCCCAAAAGAAAUUCCAAAAGAGCUUUGGAAUGACUUUACCAUGAACAAUAAGCUACCUGUUUCUCCUUAUUAUUUUAACCAGAUAUAUCUGGGAACCAAAGCCAGGAGUCCUGUCUGGUCAAAAGAAGGGAUUGACCAGAUGGUAAGGCAAGCAGCAAGAGGUGCACUAGGAGGGAACUAUGGUGCCUCAGAGACAAACGCAUUGAGGGAUGGAAUGGAUCAUGCCCCGGGAAUUAAGAAUGGACGUGUAUUAGUAAUUGGUUCAGAAAAUCCUUGGGUCGAGGCGACAGUUCUUGAAAAAGGUGCAAGAGAAGUUGUGACCUUAGAAUACGGCAGAAUAGAAUCAAGGCAUCCAAAAGUAAAAACGAUGGUUCCAUCUGAAUUCAGUGAGAGCUUUCUGAAUGGUUCACUUGGUUUAUUUGACGCAGUUGUUACUUUUAGUUCAGUAGAACAUUCUGGACUUGGGCGAUAUGGCGAUAGAUUGAAUCCAUGGGGUGAUAUAAUAGCAAUAGCACGUGCAUGGUGUGUAACAAAAGUGAAUGGAUCAUUGACCAUAGGAGUCAUGUACGAUAAUGAGAAAGAUUACAUUCGAUAUAAUGGCGGUAGGUGGUAUGGCAAAAUAAGAUAUCCUUAUUUGUGUACAAACUGGAAGCAACACUACAGAGGUUCAGGAAUUCAAAGAGUGCAUGUUUUUACAAAAGUGGAUCCGAAAGUCUAAUGAUUUCACGUGUGGAUAGUAAAAAUUGAAUUGAUAAUGAGUAUACGAAAGUCUGAAGUGUGUUAUAUUUGAAGUAAUGAGAGGAAAUAGAGAAAGCAAUUAAACUGACCUACGGAAUCAGUUAUUCCGAUCAGAAUCGAGCCCGGAGUAUUCGUUAUGUCGCAACAGUACGUAGUGUAUCCAGGAAAAAAGAUUUAGUGUGAGAAUUAUGAGACGUUAACAUUCAUUGGUUUAUGUGAGAAUUAUGAGACGUUAACAUUCAUUGGUUUGUUUUAUUGUGAGAAUUAUAAGACGUUAACAUUCAUUGGUUCUUUUAGUGGAAGAAUUAUAAGACGUUCACAUUCAUUGCUUUGUUUCAUGUCAAAAUUAUCAGACGUUAACAUUCAUUAGAUAUUUUAUGCCCCUGAUAUCGAAGAUCGGGGGGGGGGGGGGGGGGGGGGGGAGGGGGGUAUUGUUUUUGUCCUGUCUGUCAUUCUAUAUGAAACUUUAACCUUGCUAGUAACUUUUGAACAGUAAGUGCUAGAGCCUUGAUAUUUCAUAUGAGUAUUCCUUGUGACAAGACCUUUCCGUGGGUACCAAAAUGUUGGUCUAUGUGACUUUGACCUUGGAGUUUGACCUACUUUUUGAAAAGAUUGACAUGGGUCAUAACUUCUAAAUGGUAAAUAUUGGAGCUUUCAUAUUGCACAUAUUAUAUUUAUGUCAAACGAUGCGCUGCUGAAGAUUUUUAAUACUAUGAUUUUUCCACAUUUUACAUAUUGUUGUACUAUAUGGAGCAAUCCAAGAAAUGCUGAAAAUGUGAAUAAGCUUUUUAUAUUGCAAAAACGAGCUGCAAGGGUAAUUCUUAACAUCAGAAAUUUUGAAACACCAUCUAAUGUCAUGUUUACAGAACUUAACUGGUUGCCUCUAUCAGUUUACUUUGUCUAUAGAAAAGUCAUUUUAGUGUAUAAAGUUUUACAUGGUUUAAUGCCAGAUUAUUUAAAUGUUUUUAAAUAUGUAUCAGAAGUCAGUCAGAGGCAAACUAGAAAUUCUUAUUCAAAUAUUUUGUAUAUACCCAGGGCAAAAACAGAAUAUUAUAGAAGAUCUUUCAGCAUUUCAGGGAGCACAGUGUGGAAUGCCUUGAGUCAAAACAUAAGAAACUCAACGAGUGUUGCGUGUUUUAAGAGAAAUUAUCUUAGAGAUUAUCACCAUACUUUUUAAGCUUCAUUUUGUAUUCUAUUUAUCUUACAUUCAUAAUUAUUUCUUAAGUUUAUAUGUAUUCUACUUCUUUUAAUCUGUGUUUAUUUUACUAAUAUCUGUCUGUAUGUAUGUUAUAUGCAGGACCAUAUUGAAAACUAGCGUUAUCGCUAAAUAUGUAAUCCUGGUUAAAUAAAGGUCUUAUUAUUAUUAUUAUUAUUAUUAUUACAUGAGCAUUUCUUGUGAAAAGAUCUUUCUACUGAUACUAAGAUAUUUGUCCUUGUGACAUUGACCAUCUUUGGAAUUGGCCAUUAUCGGGGGCAUUUGUGUUUCACAAACACAUCUUGUUUAGUGUGAAAAUUAUCAGACAUUAACAAUCAUUGGUAUGGAACCUCCAUCAUUCGUUUCGAGUUUUGUAGUUGUACAUUAUGAAUUUCAUAUAAUAGAACAUAAAGGAUUAGUUAUAGUAAAGAAUACAAUGGAAUGAAUGUGAUAAGGCUGAAACAGCAGAUAAGAUGACUACACACAUAAUACCUGAUAGAUCAGAUAGUCAAUCAUGCAAGAAAGUGCUAUCUUACUGAUUGUUUGACCGAUUUAAUUACAAGAAAACCAGGUGGUAAGAACUAGAUAUUGUAAUUAGGAAAUUACAGUGCCCAUAUCUUUUCUCUUUUAAAAGACUAAUGAGUUUUCAUUGCAGUUGAAUGAAAGUUUUAUCAAUAUAACUAAACUGCAUUGUUUCUGGAUACUAGUAUGAUCGCAACAUUACUGUAUGCCAGUCUUCCUGAAUAGGAUCCCAACAUUUUUCUAUGUGUCAGUGUUGCUGAAUAUAAUUGCAACAUUUUUCUGUGUGUCAGUGUUGCUGAAUACGAUCUCAACAUUUGUUUGUGUGUCAGUGUUGCUUAAUAUGUGCCUAACAUUGCUGUAUGCUAGAAUUAAGAAUACAAGAGGUCAUGCUUAUUUUCCUGAGCAAUUCUCAUGUUUCGGUACCGUUCGUUUUCUUUUUACUCAAACUGACAGAAAUACUAUUAUGCUUUCUUCAGUGCAUGCGUCCUUAACACUGCAUACAAUGUAAAAUGUAAUAAUUAGUUCACCCCACCCCUACCCCGAAAGAUACAUACAACAAAGCAUUCUUUUCAAAGAACAAAAUACAUGUAAUCACAAUUUGUCAGAAUGAUAUACAAGUGAUAUUUUAUCAUAACUAUGGUGCCCGCCUCCCGUUUAGCGAGGAUUUAUGAUUCGAGGGUCACGUGUGGUGUUUUGGUAACAUAAAUCCUUGUUCCUGAAAAGAAUUAUACAUAACGAUGUUCUUUUGAAAAAUACUCCUUGUAGUCCAAACCUGACGUCUGCGUCAUGAAUAUUAGAUUUGUUUUCAUAUUCCUAUGUAAAACUUCGGAUAGCCGCUGGGGGCCAUUAUUUAAAAAAAAACCUCUUAUCUACGCAUGUAAAGAGGCUUUUACAGAAGGAUUGAUGUCGUUUACCUUAAUGUUUCUUAAAAAGAAAGUUUUAAAAUGACCCAGACCUAUUUAUAUCUAAUGAUCUCCCUUUUCAGAAGUUAUUGGCUUUUACUGAACAAACUUUCAUUCGAAUAAAAAAUGUUUUUUUUAACAAGUUUGCUUGAAAUAUUAGCUCGGUGGACUGGUUUUGGACAGACACACAAAACAGACAGGUGACGUAAGAAUUCAGAUUUUAAAAAAAGAUGGUUUGACCUUUCAGGUGAUCUAAGAACAGGACUAGGGUCAUUAUGAAUCUUCUGUAGAACCACUGGGUCAGAAUAACAAUAUUCUUACGAGUUAGCGUCUUUACAGAGCGUAAAAGGGUAAACCUCGGGUUCGGUAUCACAAUUGUCGUUCAGUUUUCCAUAGCAGUUAGCAAGAUUUGUUUCGGUGAUGAAUUUAUGUAUUGCUUUCAUAUAUGUACUUUGUCAUUUAUACUGGUCAUAUAAGAUGUUAAAUAAUUGAUAUUGUAAUAUAUUUUCCUGAACUUUCAUGUGGAUUAAAAUCAUAUCUAGAGGGUAUUUCAAAAUAAA